CUGUGAGGGGGACAAUGGAGUGAAACCAUUGCAGUGACUAUAAACUAUACUCAAUACUCAGUAUUUAUAGCAAAUAAUCUGCUCAGCAAACUGCACAACUCUGCUCUGCACAGUUCUGUCACACAAUCAAAUUUAAAAAACGAGUGUUGCUAUGGCAACCCGUUUUUCUGCAGUGUGAUUCCUAUCUAUAAAAUUACUCUGUACAUACGAAAUUGAAACUCAUUUCAAGAUAAAGUGCAGAGCUGUAAUUACACAUAACAUGCCUGUACUGAAGAUAAUCCGUUUUGAAAAAAGGAACAGUACCUUCAAUCCGUUUUACAUAUAGCAAAUCUGGUCAGCAAGCUGCACAGCUCUGCUCUCCCAACGGUUGUUGCUAUGGCAACCCGUUUCCUGCAGCGUGAUUAGCUGCUCUAACAAAGAGGGAGGGCAGAACAGAGGUCAGUAACGACGUAAGCAGGGAAGAAGCUGCUCAAUGUGCGCAUGCUCAGGAGUACUACAGAGAGGAACUGCGCAUGAUCCAGGUCGUGAGUCGCAAUGGGAAGAUAGGCAUGCUGGGAAAAACGCUUCUCCUACUCUACACUAUCAGAGGAAACGGAUCAACAGAGCUGCUACAAGAAAGCACACAGAGACAAAGAGGAUAACGAGAAUGGACAAUAAGGCCAUGUACCUGCAUUCCUUUGAUGAGAAAGAAAAUGGCUCAGCCUUUGAGGAACCCUAUGAUGGGAGGAAUCUUUCCAAGAUGAACCUGUGUGAUGGCUAUAUUGGAGUUACCAAAAGUGUGAGGAUCGCAGCGCAUGCCAAAAUAUUCUCAUGCGCGACAGAGACAGGCAAGAAAACAUUCCCAGGGAAGAGUAAAUGUUUCUGGAAGCAGCAGGCGUUGGCCGAGGUGCAGGCUGCAUACAAAAGACUAUGAUGGUAUGAGACAUCGGAUCAGGGCGAGUACCCACGUAUGCCCUUGCGGAACAGAAUGAACUUGUCUGCUGUAAACAUAGAAUCAGCCAAAUUAUCCUGAAUUAUGGAUAGUGUUGCUCUGCAUGUUAGCCAUGACCUUUUCUCUCGAGCAUGUGAUAAAAAUGGCUGAAUGUUCCAAGACUGAGUUCACAGCAGAAGGGCAAGACAUUUGUGGUGCACAGUUUAUCAAUGACCUUCAUGGUUGAUCUAGUCACCCUCUCAGGCCAGAUAAUUUUGGGUGCUGGUCUAGAAAUCCCUGUAAGAAUGCAGCAAAGCACCCCAUAGUGAAUCCGCCAUGUCAAGUCAUUUUGGGAGGUGGACAUCAGGGACAGGGUUCUGCUGUGAGUGUCUCUGGGGACUGAGAAGGCCAUGAAUGGAGUGUGCUGAGACAUGCUAGACAGGGGUGCAUACUGACAGUGAUUCAGCAAGGAAGGGCUUGAAGUAGGCUGAGAAACAAGUGUGUCCAUGCCUUAAAGUCACUUUAGGAGGAAGCUAUGAGGAUGGGGUUGGACUAAGAGGCAAGGUGGGCUUGAGACAGGUAGUGAGCAAUGGUGACAAUCACUCUAUGAGGUAAAACAGCCAGGGGACAGUGGUGGUGAGAGUGAGGCUAGAGGGAAAUCGGUCUUGGCAGCUUGCUUUCUUCUAGGACAUCGCUGAUGGCAUGCUAGUUGGUUAAUUCUCAUUGGUCACUUGCUAACUGAAAAGGUUGCUAAAAAGCAAAUUGAAACUUAAGUUUCCAGGGGAAUUUCGAGGGCAGUGAUCUCCAACCAGUGGCUCGCGAGCAACACAUUGCUCAAAAGCCCCUUUGAUGUUGCUCCCAGUGGCCUCAAAGCAGAUGAUUAUUUUUGGAUCCUUGGCUUGGAGGCAACUUUUGGUUACAUAAAAACAGGUGUACUACCAAACAGAGACACCUAUAUGCUGCCAGUCCACAUAGUUGCUACCAAACUGCCAAUUACAGCCCUUAUUUGGUGCCCCCAUGAACCUUUUCCAUGCUUUGUGUUGCUCUCCAAUUCUUUUUACGUUUCUAUAAAUGUUAUAAAACUGUAUGUGUGAAGCUGUUUGCGUAUGUUGUGUUUCACAUUACAAGACAAAUGAUAAAUUAUGGCCCUGACACAAUGUAAAGAAAUAACAAAGUGCAUUUCAUCAUUCUGUAUCGUGUCCAACAUAACUAAGAACAGAUAUGGGGUAUGUUACACUUUCCAGCACAUAAUUUGUUACAUGUCCAAUCCCCGGAUUACUCAUAGCAACAAACACACAGUCUGUAUAGGAAUUAAACACCCUCUGUGAUUGAUGUUGGUAGGUUCCUUUGAUGACGUUUUAUCACAUGGCGUGACGUGUGCAAUUGGAUCAGUCAGUAUCCAAGUGCCAUAGAACAUCCCUUGUGCUUGAACAAAGGUUGUCAAAUGGUACAGGGAGGGGUUGAGAAUUUGCUUUCUUAAUGAGGUGCAAACUGAAGUGACUUUUCUAAAUAAGCCCCACAGUAGGGGCAGCAGUCAGUAAACAUGCUACAAGAGGUGGGAAACAGACUCAUGUCUAUUGAGUUCAAUGAUUUUCACUUUUCAGACACAACUCACAAUUUUUUUCAGAGAAUUCCAGUGUCAUUGCCAUACGCUUGUCAGGGGGGACUAUCGGCUUCCGGCAGGAGUAGUCUGGACCAAGGAGGAAGCUUUAGGGGUUAAAGUCCAAGUUCACGGUACAAAUAGGAUCAGUCGUAACCGUGGUCAAUAUCCAGGCAGAAGUCCAAUAGGCAGGCAGAUUAGUAGCAAGGUCGAGGUAUAGGCAGGGUCAAAACUCCAGGAAUCAAUAUAACAAGUAUUAUUAAGCAUCCAGGAAUGUUCCAAACAAAACCUAUAAUCGGGCAUUGAACUGGGCGUCCUUUCAUUUUGAAUUUUCAUGCCACUGCGUGACAUCAGGAUGCCGUCCGGUGCUGCUGCUACCCACGUGGUGGCUAUGGGCGCCGCCAUCUUGGACGCCGCACAAAGAGGACGGACGUGCUAAUGGGCGGCCCUGACAUCGCUAGAUUGCAUCCUACCCAGUUACGCUCUGUGAAACUAUACAUGUUAGCUAUAGGCUAUUGGUUAUAUUCAGAAAUGCUACUUGCACUUACAAGGACUUUUGAAGAGCACCAAUGCAUCAGAUCAGCAUUCUUUGAUGAACUAUGUGCAAAUAGACUUGACAUGUUAUGGGAACCCUGGAACUACAGCCACCUAGGCAGAGAGCCUGUAGUAUUAAUGAGUGCACUGGCGUAUGCAUCAUCAUAGUAGACUGGAUUGUGCACAAAUGCUAGGAGCAUGUUUAAGUGUACGUACUGAGCCUUAGCAAUAACUUCUCAAAGUAAAAAGGCAGCGACAUGCAGGUAACUUUAAAUAGAAAUCCAUCUGUUUUAUUCACAACAGAGAUUUCAAGAGAUAAGUAACUUAGUGUGUAACAAAAGUAACAGUAACUUACAUAGUUUGUUUAUU